CAGCCACGGCCAAGGACGCACGCGGUUCCUCAUCUCUCUCGCUCUUGCUCUCGCGGACUGCCGAGGAGAAGACGUGGCCGCCUUCUCUGCUGCGAAACUGUGGGUCGAGGACGGGGAAAAGGUCUCUGGUGCGAUAUAGAGGAGAGGAAAGACUUUUGUUUCGUAUUUCGCUUCUUUUGUGUGAAGAGACAGUGUUGUGUUUAUCCACUUCGUAAGCUUAAGAUCGAGACAUGUCAUAGAAACCUAUCAUAUCAGAAAAAAAAGAAAGAAAAGUAAGAACUUGUUAUGCGAACCACCGCCGGCAAAAUGUGGCUCUUCAGAAACCUGGUGGCGGUUUUGUUAAUUGCCAUCGCCUCAGCCUCAACCAUCAGCCCUCCCACAUCUCCACCGGUCACCACCACCCCCUCACCCCCCACCGCGACGCCCUCUCCGUCAAGCACGUCGGAGACCGAAGAAGGUCACGUGAUCGCCAGCGCCUCCAUCGCCGACGUCGAGACCCCCGCGGUGAUCGUGGAAGUCGACGAUGACUGGGAAGACGUCGAGGGGGAUGACGGCGAUGACGUAGGCGAUGAUGAAGAUGUUUUCCCGGAGGAGGAGGAGGAGGAAGACGCCGAGGAUGAUGGAGUUGACGUUACCGAACAGGUACCAGUCGAAGAUGACCUGACCGAUUACGAAGUAGAAGAGUCCUCUUACGACGGAUACGACGAUGAUUCUCUCGUGGAGGACGACUCCUACGAGCACCCCGAGGGCCUGACGCAAGAGGGCUUCGAGGCCAACGUCCCUCACCCUCUGCACGACGACCGCGACAUCAUCAUCGACAAGGACAACCUCGUCCCGGUGCUCCGGACGGUGGUCUUGGCCUACACCCACAAGGAGCGCCCGUCCUACAGCGAGCUCCUGAAGGCGGCGGGGGUGAGCGCCUUCAAGACGUCUCUCAAGUACAUCGGCAAGGAGAAGCUGGCGUCGAACCUCCUCUCGGCGGCCAAGAGACUGACCAACAUCUUCGACGACGACGAGCGCGACAACGCCACCUUGAAGGUACUGGGGGAGCUGGCGGAGGAGUACCUGGCCAACCACCGCUUCAAGCUGGUGCUGCCCGAGAGCCUCCUGCUGCACCGCGAGGAGAUGCAGGAGUUCCUCGAGCGCCAGGAAACCAUCGUGGAGAGCCGCGACUUCUCGACCUCCGAGUGGGACAUCUCCAUGGCUCGAGCUGACCCCGGCGUCACCACCCUCCUGACCAUCGGCCCCAUGACGUGGAUGGCCCUCAUCGGCGGCCUCGUCUCCAUCCCCUACUUCCUGUCGGACUCGCCCUCGCCCGCCCGCGUCGACAACUCCGCCCGCAACCCGUCGCCGUUCCUGCAGCCUCCUCGCCUGCCCUUCUACAACGUGCAGCACCACAGGAGGGAGGAGCAGGAGCACGCACACCCCCUGCAGCACCUGGACCCCGAGCAGGCAGAGUACCAGCAGAGCUACGCCGAGUGGUACAACAACUGGUAUCUCCGGUACAAGCAGUACUACGACGAGAACUACCCUGACCUCCGACAAGCCCACAUCCAGAACCAGCAACAGCUGCAGCAGCAGCUCGCACCGCAGCCCCCGCAGCAGCAACCUCAGCCGUCCCAGCAGCAGCCCGUCCUGGCGUUCAGACAGCAGCCUCCUCGCGGCGUGCAACAACUGCCCCGCGCCCAGCCCGCUGCCCAACGCCUCCAGCGCCCUCAUGCCCCCCCACGCCCGCAGCGCCCGGCCAUCGACUUCAUGAGGCCCCCUCCGCCCCCGGGCUCGGAGGGCGGCCCCGUUCACGUCCGGCCGGCCCAGCCGAGGCCCGUGAACCCUCACCUGAACCACGUGCCUCUGCAGGCCCCUAAGCAGCCGGCGCCGCAGCCGAGGCCCGGGCCGGGGCCCAACUCGGCUCGCCACGCGGUCAGCGCCGAGGACACGUCGGGCGGCGUCAACACCUUCGGGACGUUCCAGGACGAGGGCAAGAAGGGCGACACGCACUUCAAGGUGUUCCGCGGAAUCGACUCCGGCCGCCCCGCCACGCUGACCACCGUGCAGCCCCGCGAACCCAGCCCGCAGCCCGUGUUCGUGCCCACCACCGAGAAGAACCUCCAGACCGAGAGCGGGUUCAAGCCCAUCAUCCGAGCCGACUCCCCCAACCCGACGCCGACCCGAGCGCCCGCCACCGUCCCGAACGCCAAGCCCGCCGGCGUGACUCCCGGCUUCAGACCGCCCAAGCAGGAGACCGUCUUGGCCAAGAACGCCCCUUCGACGGCGGGCCACGCCAUCUCCAGCGGGUUCCAGCCCAUCGCCUCCGCCCCCGAGGCCGCGCCGCCCAAGAAGGCUCCGGAGGGCGGCGUCAGGAAGGUCUCCGCUGUGACCUCCAAGGUGUUCAGCCGCCUGUCCACGACCACCCCCUCGCCCCCCGUCACGACCCCCCAGCCGGCCAUCUUCUUCCGAACCGCCACCCAGAAAUCGGUGAGGGUCGUCACCUCCUCGUCAGUCGUCCUACCCUCCCUGUCGUCGUCUCAGGGCUCCUCCGUUCUCUCCGUCGACCUCCCGGAGCUGAAACGACCUCAGAGGCACCAGGAGUCGCAGGCAGCGGUCCAAGACGUUAAUGACAAGGCACCGCAGCCCCAGCCAUUAGUGUCAGCCCCCGUCAGCGAACCAGCAAGACAACAACACACAUCAGUUGUCGUGUCUAGUUCCUUGCCCACGGACCCAGGAUUCGUCCGUACCAACAUCCCGACCGAAGUCCGCAUCGUCGACCACCAGAAUCCGGCUGAAGCGUUUACGACCCAGAAGCCAACAGCGACCACCGUCUCUGUCUACGCCCUCGACCCCUUCUACGGCUCCAGACUGUCACGAAUCGACGUCAUCUUCCAUCAGCUGAACAUGGCAGAGGAAGGAUGCAGGGAACAGGUCGUGUGCAACAUCUACAAGAACCCAAAAGCCUUCACUCCGUUCAGCGAUUUCCUUUCUCGUCAACUCACAGUGAAACUCGAGGAGCUGCAGAGACCGAAAGUGUCCGACGAGAGGAUCCUCCGCUUCUUCCGCUACCUGAAGGCGGCGAAGGAGGGGCAGGACGGCUCGGACUGCCAGGCCAAGUACCCCGAGUGCCUGGUCGACACCACGACCCUCUCGCACCAGCCGAUCAUGAAGGCGUUCGAGAAGGUGUCCAUCUUGAGGAACGCGGCCGGUUAAGGGAGGGCGAGUUCGGGGUGUUUAUGUAGUGCUGUUGAUGUUGUCCUUUUUUUAUUAUGCUAUUAUUACUUUUUUUUUUAAUUCUGUGCGAUGGUAGAUGUUACCAGUCGAUCCGCGAGUGUGUGUGUUUGUUUGUUUUUUUUAAUCCGAGUCGUUCGGUUUGUGCGAAUGUCCGUUUUUGUUUUGUUUGUUUUUCUGUUUGGACUGACUGGGAAUCGGGAUGGGAUGGAAAGUGUUCGUUCGUUCCGGCGGCAGAAACGCGAAAGCAUUCAUUCCCCGAAGAAGAAUAGACAAGAUAUCCCUCCAAAAAAGUGAUCAGAAAACACACCCCAAAAGAAGUACAAAAGAAAACGGGAACUCUUUAUCUCCGGUGGAUCCCAACAGAUGGCGUGGCGAGAGUUUUAGCCGACCCGCGAUGCUCUCCUUUGCCAACGAAAACUUUCUAAACCGGGAAUCAUUACCGGGAGAAGACACGAGGGCGUAAAACCCGCGCCACCUUGACCGUGCCCCUCCCGGAUGAGAAUCGGGGUCAGGUGCCCAGUCCCUUUUUUCUUGUUACCUGUACUCGAGGCAGCUGGAACCGGUAGACCUGCUUACCGCCUGCCCUACAUACGUCGCCCGGAUUGUUGGGAGCGGAAAGCAGUUUUUUGUUUUUGUUUAUUUUUCGUUUCCUAUUUUUUUUUUUAUGUCUACUUGUUUUCAUCUUGAUCUUCUUUUCAUUGUUUUGUUUGUUCUUUGUGCUCUACCGUACCGGGAAAUGCAGGGGGUUCAUGAGGGAUUCUUGCUGGAGGUAAAAGGUCACCCAAGGAUAAAUGUAUUACCAUAGAUUUGAGUGUAUUUUGCCGUGAAUUUACAAUGUCAGAACACGAAUUCAUUCCCCCGACUUGAGAGGGAGAGAAAAUUUUUUAAAAAUUAGUGUAAUUUUCAUCUCAAAAAAUACUAAUUUACAAUACUCAUUUUCGAUAAUAAGGGGAUUUUUUUCUUUUUUCUUUUACACUCGCCUCCCUUCCCUCCCCCAUCCCAAAAAAUCACCAUUUUAUUGGUUCCAUUUAUUCUUAUUACUCAUUUUCUCAAAGAUAUUGUAAAACAGUAUCAAUACCGUCCUUCAAAAAAGAACUUUUAUUAAUUUUUCCAAAUAGACGCCAUGACCUGUCCUGCCCUGACAUAGCACUUUCCAUCCCACACCUAUAAUGCAAGCUCAAUAUAGAACAUAUAUAUAUAUAGAUAUAAAUACAUCUUGUGACUACGACGGUUCAUAGAACUCUUUAAGGUCAACCCUAAAAGCUAAACGUAUCGAUAUUGACCUUUAUAUCUCAGGUUAUUCCUUCGUUCUGUAUUUUUCCCGUUUUUUUCGGCUUUUAAAAACGAUGCGUAAUUGUACAAUAUUCCUUCGCCUUUUCCAGACUUUCUAAAUAUUGUCUAAAAACCUCAUUAUUCUAAUUGUUAUUAUUGUUAUUACAGUUAUUUAUAGUAAACUUAUUUAAUUAAUUUAUUGGUUACUAAUUUAUGUAUUGUGAUAUCAUGCCUAUUGUUAAGAAUUAUCGACAAGAUGCUAGUGUGUGACACUGCGCCAGAUUUUGUAAACGUUUUAAUAAUAAAGCGAACUUCUUA